AUUUAACUAAGAAUGGCCAAAGAAAAGUUGCCUCCUCCAGAAAGUGUUGAUGAUCUUAAAGGAUGGGACAAGAUUAGGAACCAAAUAAUCAAUCACUACCUUGUUGUCCCAACCUUCUUAUGAUCAAUUAUUUAUCUUCUCUGAGUCUUCCUCGUACUCUUUGCAUUUGGGAUCGCUGCCUUAGCUUCUGCAACAGGAAAUUCAGACUAUGAGCAAAGAUAUGAUGGCAUAUGCCAGCCUUCUGUAGAUAAGGGUGAGGACUGCACAUUUACCUUGAAACUCGACACUACCUUAGAUUCCCCAAACAUCUAUUACAAAAUUGGAAAUUUCUAUGCAAACCACAGGAAAUUUGUUAAGUCAAGAAGCUAUACUCAGCUCAGAGGUGAAGGUGUCUCAAAAGGAGAUGUCAAAGAAUUUUGUGACCCAAUCAUGGAGAAUGAUGACAUCCCUGUCUCCCUCUCUUAUGCAGGAAACACUCUUAAUUCUACUGAUCUAGCUGCUCCUUGUGGGCUGAUAGGGAAAUACAGAUUUACAGAUGUCUUUGAAAUCUCAGGAGGUCCCAGUAAUGUUAAAAUCUCUAUGGGCGGCAUUGCUCACUCUAAUGACAAGAAACUCAAGUUUAAAAAUAAUGGAAAGGGUGAACAAAUCCAAUGGCUUGAUUUCACCAAAGAAAGACUUAUGGUUUGGUACCAAAUGGAGUCAUUCCCUGAUUUUAUGAAAAUGUAUGGAAAAAUCUCUGGAAAAAUGUCUAAAGGAAAUUAUACAGUUACUGUGAGUGAUCAGUGGAAUACGAAGUCAUUUAAGACAGAGAAGUAUAUCUACCUCAGCACAGUAAACGGACUUGGAGGGACCAAUGUCUUUCUCGGAGUUGUUUUCAUUGUUCUCUCCUUUGUCGUCCUUAUGCUCAUUCUAACCCUAGUAAUCCUAGAGUUUUCAAGAGGAAGCAAAGUCAAAGAAAUUGCUGAAUAAAUCACCUUCAGAUAAUCCUAAAUGAUAAUCAAGUUUUCAAUACUU